AUGCCAGUACCCGCGGACGGCGCAGUAUUCGCCCUCAAAAAUACCGCAACAGGUCUCUAUCUCAACACCACGGCCAUUUAUGCUGGUGCCGAAGUUGUAUUGACAGCUUCUUCUAAUGGUUCAGUACCGAGCUGGAUCCUUCAAGACUAUCAGAGCGGGCGCUAUCUGCUCAAUGCUAUAGACACCACUAUGUGUUUGAAUGUGGCCUACGAAAGUAAAGCCGAGGGUGCGAGUUUACAGCAAUGGUCUUGCAACGGAGGAGCAAGUGAGAUGUGGACUCUGGUGCCAACCUCGAAUGGAGCCCUGACGCUGGUCAAUCAGAACAGUGGUUUGGUGGCAGGAGCUGCAGGCUCGACCAGCGGUUCAGCCGUGAUUCAAAUGGCAAGUGCGAACGACCCUUUGGCUCAGUGGCAAGUCGUACUGCCAAAUAGUUUGGCAAACUCUUCAACCACGGCAACCACGAUCGCACCAGCGGAGAUUGCUAAUAUUAGCAGCAGCAGCAAAGCUCAUGCGGCGACCUUUGGCGACGAAAUGAUUUACAACAUCUACGCGCCUAUAUUCUCAUCAACUGGUAAUCUGCUGGCAAUAUCCCAUGAUCUAUCACGUAUUGCCGGCUUAGGAUUCUCAACAAUCCUGCUCAUGCCCAUUCAUCCGAUCGGCGUCCCGUUCGAAAAUCAUCCAGCAUGUGGCAGCCCUUAUGCAGUUGCUGAUUACUACGCCAUAGACCCAGCUUUGGGGCAGCCGUCUGACUUUGCUACCUUAGUGAACCAAGCGCAUGCUCUGGGACUGAGUAUUAUCAUGGACGUUGUCUUGAACCAUACCGCGUGGAACCAUCCGUUAGUUGUACAGCACCCGGAGUAUUACGUACAUACGGACGGCAUCAAGAACAAUUCAAGCUCCACCUCGCAAGCCUUCAACUUUGAUGACGUCGCACAGCUGGACUUUAAGUCAAGCCCUGCGGUGCAAAAGUAUAUGUUGACGAUGCUGGUAUGGUGGAUGAGGAACUACAACGUCGAUGGUUUUCGCUUCGACACAGCUGACAAUCCCUAUGGAAAGGAUCGAAUGAUCCCAGCCGCAACCUGGGCAUUCAUUGGCAGCAACUUGAAAGCUGUUAAUCCGAAGGCGAUACUCCUUGGUGAAUGUUGCAAUCCUGAACUUUCCCUAAGCCCCUUCAACAUGGAUUACGCCAACUACUCCCUCCAGCCUGCCGUGGCCUCUGCCACAAAGACGCAGGACGCGAGUAAUUUGCCCAAGGUGUUCAGCCAGCUGCAGUCAGCACACCCGAUAGGCAUGCUGCACACGUCUAUCAUGCAAAAUUGGGACAUGGAUCUAGACCUCAAAAUGUAUGGUGGACCUGACGGAACCCUUUGUGCAGCGGUUUUCAAUUUCACUAUUGAAGGUGUGCCAAUGCUCUUUGCUGGCGAAGAAGUGGGCAAUGAUCGUGGUGGGUACAAUACGCAUACACCUGUUAAUUGGGGUUCAUCCCUGGCAAAUCGAUUUUCUGCUUUCUACAAGAGCUUGGGCACGCUCAGACGCAGCCAUGAAGCUCUACGAAGAGGCAAUAUGACUUGGCUGAUAGCUGGCGGUGGAGCUGGAUUGGUUACGUUCACGAGAAGGCGGGAAAGUGAAGAGUUCCUGAUUGCAGUCAACUUCUCCGCGUCGCCUGUGGGAGGUAGCGCAAGCACGAAGAAGUCUUUAUUUAAGAAGGAUAAACUAUCCACUGGAGGAUGGACUGAGGUUACGCCGCCUGGCGCAGCUCAUGCUAUACCACAUCCAGCUCCUCCCGCUAUCAAGCUGGGACCGUGGGACUUUGCUAUAUUCUGCAGAGCAAUCUGA